AUGAGCAUGGAAAAUUUGGAUGUUAUGACCGAUGGUGAAGUAUUAACGAGUAAGUUGUCGAACAGUGGCAGAGGUGAUGCAACAGCUCCAUCUGUUCUAGAAUCUACUAUCGAAAAUCCCAGAAAAUGGGUUAAUAUUAUGGAUAAGGAUUUGGUAUCAGAAGUGAAUGCGAAUGAUGCAUCUGUUUUUAUUCGAAAGGAAACAAACGAUCCAACAAGUGAUGAAAUUGCCACUGCUGCGAAUAAACAACAAAAUUCACUGGAAGAGGAAGUUAUCAAAAGAGAAAGUAGUUUUUCUGAGGCAAUGAAUGAAGGGAAUAAAAUACCGGACACAAUUUGUGAGGAACAUGUCACGGUAACAUCAUGCGAAAUGUGCCAUAAUUAUGAACUGAAUUUGACGAAAAUGCAGGACGUUGAGCGAAAUUUGAAAGAACAAUUGUCUGCUGCACAACAUCUGGUUAAUCGUUACCAAAAUGAAUUGUCUGGAGAACGUUUAUACAGGAAGGAAAUGGAAAUGAAAACAACUACAUUAUGUGCAGACAAUGAAAAAGAAGUGAAUAUAGCGAAAAAUGAAAAUGAAGAGUGUGCUAAGCACUUGGUUGCUGUUAAUGGAAGGUGUGUAAAGUUGAUACAAGAACAGCGAAAUAAUAUUGGUCGCUUGAGGGAACUUUUAAGCAUGAUGAAUAAAGAUAUGCACAAUUUGAGCAAUCGAUAUUUAGUACGAUUUCACAUUGAACAUUUUAUUAAAUUGCUUGGUGCUAAUCGUAAAUGCUCCACAGAAAUGCGAGAUCAAACGAUAGAACUGCCUCAGGAUGUUGAUCAAUUACAAUUUUUGUGCCUCCAACUAAGAGAGGAACUAAUUGAGACUCGCGCAGCCAAAGAACAUGCUGAGGUGGUGUUGAGAGAUGAGAUAGCAACACUGGAAGCACAAAGGAAGGAGGAUGAAAUGGAGAAGAGAAGGAUUGAGGAUGCUUAUACUGAACGAGUAAAUGGAGUUAGUCAAGAACUGGGCUUUGCGCGGAGUCAGUUAGAUUCGAUGAAAGAUGCAUCUUCAAAGGUAGAAGAAAUGAACAAAAGGAUGAUUGAAUACAGGGAAGUAAUCGAAGAUUUAGAAAAGCAGCUGCAAUCAGUGCAAAAGGAACGUACUGACCUCGAAAUGACUGUCGCUUUGUAUAAGCAAAAGUGCGCUGCUUUGCAACAGGAAUUGGAUACAUCGGAAACCGUGCAAAAGGAUUUUGUCAAACUUUCACAAAAUCUGCAAAUUGAACUUGAAAAAAUUCGACAAGCUGAACAGGAAGUGCGGUGGCAGUUCGAUGAAGAUGUGCAUGCGUGCAAUCAGUGCCAAUCAAAUUUUUCUAAAAGCCGUAUUAAGCUUCAUUGCUAUCAUUGUGGCAAGAUUUUCUGUCCAGUCUGUUUGUCAGCAACAAUACCUAGUGGGCCACAUCGAAGGCCAGCAAGAGUUUGUCAAGUGUGCCAUACUCUUCUAAGCAGGGAUUCUGCGCCAUUUUUCUCGCAUAAUUUGGAAGCUGUAUAG